CACGCGUGCGUGGCUGGCGGGACUGGCGCAGGCUCAGUGGCCGAGUGUGGAGCAGGGCGCCCCGCCCCGCCCCGCCUCCUGGUCCCUGCUGCCCUGCGAGAGCGGGAAGGCGGUCUGAUCUCCGCUAGGGUCUGAGUGUCUAGCGCUGUCACCGGUGUUUUGAGUCGAGCCCGGAGUCCCCACCCAGCACCUACUCCAGCGCAUCCCGCAUCGCUCCGCGGCGCCCGGUAUCAGUAGGCUGACCGCCAGGCCUGCAGCGAAAGGGUGUGUCUCUGAAGACCAUUUUAGUUUAAAAGGAAAGAUGCUGUCUUCCAAUGACCAGAAGCUAGAACAGCUGGAUUCCUUUUAUCGACCUCCAGUGUCCAAACAGAAGACAAGUGCAGAAAUCAUAAAUGAGGCACGAAAUGCCUUAAGAACAGUUAGAACCCAAAGGCCAUUUACACCCCGAGAAGACCAAAGGAAGCUAUUUGGGCCUGCCUCAUCAAGAAGCCCGGAAAACAGGCCUCCUUCGUCCUUCAGCCUUCAUGCUUCCAGCUUUGAGGUGACCGAUUCCAAGCCUAUCUCUGGGACUCGUCUCAGGCCUCUUGAGCUGAAACCCAAAGCUCCAGGAUCUCCCAGCACAGAGGAGGAUGCCUGCCUCCCCAUCCCUAGAGCUCCACUGGACCCUGCAAAGAUAAGGAAGAUUAGCGGGGCUCGUGCACGCUUCUACAAGGCUGCAUCCCAGGGAAUGCUUCUGCCUGACAGAUCGCCUCCUGCUGCCCAUUCCAAGACUGUGGAGGAAUCCCACAAAGUCAUUAGCAUGGGGAACUCUACAGCAAGAAGGAAUUUAACAGCAUCCGGUGCUACUGGCCAUUUAAAGACUCCACCACUUCUCACCUGCGACCAAGGCUUCCAAAAUACCACGGAGCGAGAAGUGUCCCGACUGUCUCAGCUCCCAAGUGGAGGGGAGCCCGGGAAACGGCGUGCCAGGGCCUCCUCGUGCCCUAGCAGCUCAGACCUGAGCAGGCAGGACACCAGAGCAGCCUCAAGAGCCAGCUUACAGGAACAGGAGACAGAAAUAGAAGUAGAUGAAGUCUUUUGGAAAACACGGAUUGUUCCGAUUUUGCAUGAAUUAGAAAAGGAAGAAGAUAUUGAAGAGAUGUGCGCAGCCUGCACCCAGCUGCAUCGCACGCUGGAGGAAGCGCGCAUGCUCGGAAAGAAGUUCAAGAGGCGAACUGUUCUGCUAAAGGCUCUGUAUAAGCUAGUGGACGCCGGCUCAGACCCGCUCAGCCUUAAGCUUGCGAAACUUAUCCUAGCACUCAAAGUGAGUGGCAAGAACCUUCUUAACGUCUGCAAACUGGUAUUUAAAAUCAGCAGGAGUGAGAAGAAUGACGCCCUAAUGCAGAAGGACAACAUCCUGGAGUCAUUACUGGAGGUACUGAGAGCAGAGGACCUGCAGAGCAACACUGAAGCUUUUCUCUACUGCAUGGGGGCUCUGAAGUUUGUUUCUGGAAGUCCGGGAUUCCUCACUGACAUGGUCCACCAAGGCGCAGUGGAAAUAUUGGUGCAGUUAAUAAAAGAAAUGACUGAGGACACAGAGAAGCACGGGGCGUGCCUGCCUGCUUCAGGCCACUUGCUAGUGCAGACAACCGCCACUUUGAGAAACUUGGUCGAUUCACCACUGACAAGAAGCAAGCUCUUGAACAUCGGGGCCUUUCCCCAUCUCUGCACAGCGUUGGAACAGCACGCGGACGACAAGGACGUCUGUAUCAACAUCGCCAGAGUCUUUAGCAAACUAACCUCUUACCGUGACUGCUGCGCGGCCCUGGCCAACUAUUCCAGAUGCUACGCCUUGUUUCUAAGUCUAUUGAACAAAUACCAGAAGAACCAGGACUUAGUAAUUCGAAUUGUUUUUAUCCUUGGCAACCUGACAGCGAAAAGUAACCAGGCCCGGGAACUUUUCUCCAGAGAGACUGGGAGCGUCGAAACUCUGCUCACACUGUUUCAGAGCUUCUACCAACUCGAGGAGAACUCCCCAAAGCAGCUGCUCUCAGAAGCCAGGCCACAGGCAGAGGCCGAGGACGUGCUGGUCAAGCUGAUCCGUGUCCUUGCCAACAUCGCCAUUCACCCGCGCAUCGGCCCAGUGCUGGCCGCCAACCCUCGGGUGGUGGGCCUAUUGCUGACAACUCUGGAAUCCAAGUCACUGGGUGACUGUGAGGAGCUGGUGAUCAACACCACAGCAGCCAUCAACAAUCUGUCCUUCUACCAAGUGAAGAGCUCUGUCCUGCAGCACAGGAAGCUGGAUGUUGCUGAACUGCUCUUAAGGCUCCUAGUGAGUAACAACAUGGAUGGGAUCCUGGAGGCUGUGCGCGUCUUUGGAAAUCUCUCCCAGGACCAUGAAGUCUGCAAUUUCCUCAUGCAGAAAAACGUACACAAGUUCAUGAUUGCACUGCUGGAAGCCAAGCACCAGGACAUUUGCUUCUCUGCCUGUGGGGUCCUCCUGAAUCUCACAGUGGAUAAGGAGAAGCGAGCCAUUCUGAAAGAAGGCGGCGGUAUUAAAAAGUUAGUGGAUUGUUUGAGAGACUUCGGUCCUGGCGAUUGGCAGCUGGCCUGCCUGGUGUGCAAGACCCUGUGGAACUUCAGCGAAAACAUCACCAACGCAUCCGAGUGUUUCGGAGAUGACGUCACCAACACACUCCUCAUCCUCUUGUCGACGUUUUUAGAUGAAGAACUAGCCCUGGAUGGCAGUUUUGACCAAGACUUAAAAAGCUAUCAUCGGCUCCACUGGGAAACGGAAUUCAAACCUGUGGCCCAGCGACUUCUAAAACGCAUCCAGAGCCACCACACGCUCCUAGAGCCCCUGCCUGUCCCUUCGUUCUAACAUGACACAGGCCAAAGGCAGAACUGGGAAGUCAGACCUCCCUCAUUCUCAGAGAAAUGGUAAAAGCAUGGAAGUUUUUCAGUAUUCACACACAUUGAGCGUUUUUAAAGUACUGAUUUUAGCAAAUAGCCUAAGUAUUUUGAAAGAAAUAAGCAUUUCUUUUUCUAGGUAUUACAGAAAAUGGAUAUAUAUAUAUAUAUAUUCUGCUAUGAGAGGUAUGAGAUGGAAAUAUAUGCAUUUUUAAGA